AUGUCGAUCGACGGGCAACAGUCAUCACAGCAGGGAAAGCUCCAGCGGCGGUUGACACACGACAGUCCUGCUUCACUGGACAAUGGAGGAGGCAUUGAUUUACCACCAGUAGCUGUGUGCUCACAUCUCGUGACCAUAUAUUUCGAUUAUGUUCACGAUCAAUUGCACACGCUCUUCCAGAAGCCCGCCUUCAUGGCCGAUAUGAGCAUGAACCAAAUAUCACCUGCGAUCAUGUUCGGAGUAGUAGCACUAUCUGCCAGAUUUUCCUCACACGAAUACUUCACCGGCCAAAGUCCUCGCACAAGAGCCGUAGCCUACGCACGACAAGCUGCUGCGCUCUUCGACCCAAGUGUCGUGUCCCUGACGUCCAUACAGACGGCAGUACUGCUGGGUGCGUGUCGAAUCGUUGAAGGUGAUGCUUACGGCGAGUCGAUCUACUACGGAAUAGGAUGUCGUAUGGCUCAGCUACUCGAUCUGCCACAUCGAAAUUGUUCAACCCGUCUCGAGCGCGAGAUCAAUAUCAGAGUAUGGUAUACUCUAUGCAUGAUAGACGAGUGGUCAUCCACCGGCGUCGGCGUACCAAAGCAGAUAACUUCGCCUCCAACAGACGUUGCGCUGCCAUGCGAAGAGAUGGCUUUCCUACAAUUGCGAUCCCACGACUUCUCCGCCUCUGCAAGUCCUUGGGAUGAAGGUAUGUCGACAAUAUCGUCCACAUCAUCGCUCUCGUCAUCGUCUUCGCUGUUGGCGCAGAUGAUCCUUCUCAACCACAUCCUAUCAGAUGUUAACAAACUCAACAAGCGCUCAGUCGAUGAUCGCAUGCUUUUCCCAGACGAUAAUGCCGUCCACGCUUUAUCAGAACGACUCGAUGCGUGGGAAGCCGAAUUACCACCCUUCAUGCGAGAUGACAGGUCCAAUCUAGCUCACUACGCCGGACAAGGACUUGGCAGGAUCUUCGUCGCGGUCUAUCUGGGCUACUAUCACUUCGGCCAGCUGCUAUUCUAUCAGUACCUGCAUGGCGCGAGCGAUGAAAUGGAGGGCUUUACAAGCGACUUUCCUCGCCGCUGCAAGUACCAUGCUGCGAAGCUGUGUAACAUGGUCUACGCAGCCCUUGAUACGCCCGGCUGCGACGUUUUAUACAACAUGGUCGGCCACGUUCUAGUAGUAGCCUCCACCGUCCAAAUCCACACCGUCCUCUUCAGCACCGACGACGAUGAGAUCGCAGCCGCCCGCCAGCGCCUUGAGCGAAAUUACACCAUCCUCCUUCGCCUUCGCGACCUUUGGCCUUCUCUGGACUUCUGCAUGAUGCGGCUACAAGCCUUUCACAAAGCCUGCCGGUCUUCGAUGGACACAUCUUUCCGCCUCGACAAGUGGAUGCUGACCUUCUUGUCGGAGUUUGCGAAGCCGGUGGAUGAUAAGCCCACGGAGGCGGACUGGGCUAUUGGCGAUAUUGCUAUCACGCCCAGGUCAGACUUUGGCUUCAACCCGACGUAUUUCGAAGAGCUUAUGGGGCCUUGA